GCAACUCUUGCCGGAAAAUGUAGGGUCAUUUGUCGAGAAAUUUAUGACUCAGAUCUUAGUCUUAGAUAUGCUUUAUGAAAUUUUUAAGUUUCUUGAAUUUAACACUAAAUUUCCACACAAGUACUUUUUUCUUAUCUAAAUUUUCACUCAAGCAAAUCACAAUCACACCUAAAGUAAGUCAUAAUGAGUAACAAAUAGUUAAUCUAACUUUAUUCUUUGCUUCUUCUCCGUUUUGAGCUCUUUUUGGGCUCGAACAUAUUAUUAUCUAAUAUAAUCACACGAUCAUAUAAGGAAUUGUUUUGUUUUCCUAUUUAAGGUAACGUGGCUUCUUUCUCCAGUAUGAAAAAGUUGGAACUCCAAACCAAAGGAGCAAUCGUUAAUUUCCUCUGUUUCAGUUCGCAUUUUUGGAGGUGCCUAAUUUCAUGUAACGAUGUUCAACUGCAUCAGAGAUAAUGUCAAAGGUUGUCGGAUUUUGCAAUUGCUGUGGUCCGACACACUAAUGCGACGAGCAUUUUUUGUUUUGCAACCGUAUUUGACGGAUGUUUGGAAACUAAGCUUCACUCACGCCGCCGCAAUCGUGAAUAUCUGGGAAGGAACGAGCCUUAUGUUGCCCGCCGUCUUUCAGCUCCUCGCCGACAAGUAUCUCGGCAAUUUCAAGGUGGUCGUCACGUGUACCAUAUCCUCCACUCUGGGUCUCGCACUGAUUACGAUGUCGUUGCCGCCGGUCCUUGGCAUGGGUCCGUGUAAGGAAUACGAGGAGAGAUGUGUCGACGGCGGGCAGAAAGGUCUGUUGUACCUGGGAGUAGCAUUGACAGCGAUUGGAAGAGGUGGUCUGAGCGUGAGCGUGCCUUGUUUGCACGAUGAGCAGAGCGAAGGUGGUCAGUUUUUCUUGUGUGGUAUGGUGCAAAGGCACGGCUCGACAGCUGAGAACCUCGUCGUGUAUGCGGUUGGACUUGUUAUAAUAUCGGUGAUAUCAUCGUGGACUUUCCGAUUUGGGUUUCCGGCGAUCUUUGCCACCUUUGUAACCCUUUCCUUUUUGGGGUGGUGGUCGUCGUACAAAAAGGCUCCUCCCAAGCGCAAAGGGAGUUUGCUAGCUACACUCUUCAAAGUGUUCAUCGCACCACGUUCUCGCAGAAGUGGUGAGGAAAAUGAAGCGAGUCCCGAAGAAUCCAGUUUUCUUAGGCACAUCAGCGGCAUCUCGAUCAACUUCAUAAUGCUAGGCAUCGUAUCCGCACUCGGAAACACCUUCUUCGUGGAGCAAGCCAACCACAUGAACCGCAAAUUCCUGUUCCUGACGCUCCCGCUGGCGGCAUUCCAGCUGCCGAUGCUGAUCGCCGCCGCCGCGGGGCCGUGCCUGUGCGCGGCCUGCGCGUUCCUUCGCUGCGUCAACCAAUACUGCAAAUACUGCGUCCCGCGGUGCCUGCGCUCCAUACCAGCGGUCCUCGGCAUCGGGGCGGCGAUGGGGCACGCGAUCCUGUGCUGCGUGGUGGCGGCGGCGGUGGAGAAGCGGCGCCACAGGGGCCCCGGCGGCGCCGUGGUGGAGACGCACGCCACGUGGCUCAUCUUCCAGUUCUAUCUGGUGGCGUGCGUGGAUGUGUUCUUCCGGAGUAGCAUCGAGUCGUACUACCACGCGCGGGCGCCGGGCGCGUUGAGGGACUACCACGAUGUGUACACGGAUUUCGUGACGGGUUUGGGGUAUUUCAGCAGCGUGGUUUUGGUGGCGAUUGUGGGGAGGGUGAGUGAGCCGAGUUGGUUUGAGGAGACGGUGGAUGGGAGCCGUUUGGAUCGGUAUUACUGGGUGCUCGCAGUGUUGGCGUCUCUCAGUUUGGUUGGGUUUUGGGUGAUGGUUCCGUUUUGCAUAGGCAAGGAUGUGAAACCGGCGGCGGCGCAUGCUGAUGGUGAGGGUGGACGAGCUUGUUGCUGCUUCUCUUUCUCACGAUAGUCUUUUGGAUUCUUUGUUAUCUGUAUAUGGUGUUUUGAUGUUGUGUUUUAUUGUAUUUGAUUUUUUUCACAAGUACUAUCCAUACUUGUGUUGUGUGUAUUAUCACAUCAUUAUUCGAAAUGUUGUUGUAGGUUCCAAUAUGUUAUGAAUCAAAUAUAUAUAGGGUUGAGAUUAAUUUACUGAUAAUUAUUUGAAUCAAAUGUUGUUGUGUGUAUUAUCA